AGUGAAAUUGUUUUAAUAUUACCCAGGCAGUGAAUGAAAGGACCCUGCCUGCUGUUCUGCCUCUUACAGAGGGAAAGGUAAGGAAGGGUUUGGUGACAAUGCCAGAGGAACUUUCAAAGAAGGAAAAUCUCCUAAACCCAAGUCUCGGGACAUGGUCUACUCACAUAGCACAGAAAUUUGUAUACAGAGAUGAAAAAGCUGCUGUCCCAAGAGCUGCUGCAGACAGAUGAACACUUUCAAUUCCUCCCACUUGUCUCCCUCACGGAGAAAUGAUCUAUCCCUCAGCCCCCUGGAGGGGAAAUCAACCCAGCUCUCAGCUCCUGUGUGUCUGAGGCAGAGCAAACAGGCUGAAAGUGCAAAGUUCUUUCACUGCAUCAACUCCUUCCUAACAGUGAUGGAGAGUGGAGGGAGAGGAAAUCACUGGAAGAGCUGGUGCCAGGCAGGGGAGAUGGCUAAGGGCACUUCUGUCCCUCUGGAGCAGCUGCUGCACUCAGGAGACCCCCAGCUCCUGCAGGGUGACCUCUGGGGCAGUUGCCACUGUUCCCUUAUCCAUGCCAGAGGCUCCAGUGCAGCACCUCGGCUUCCAAAGGGACCUGGAAGGAGGCAGCUGAGCUCCCUCCGGGCAGAGUGGGGAUAGAAGGACAGACAUCCAUGGGCAAAGGAGCAAUGCAGAAUUUACAUUAUAGAUAGAGAAAGGGGGGGAUAUAGGGAGAUAGGGAUAGGGAUAGGGAUAGGGAUAGGGAUAGGGAUAGGGAUAGGGAUAGGGAUAGGGAUAGGGAUAGGGACAGGGAUAGGGAUAGGGAUAGGGAUAGGGAUAGGGAUAGGGAUAGGGAUAGGGAUAGGGAUAGGGAUAGGGACAGGGAUAGGAUGCAGGUCCCGGCUCUCUGCUGCUGCCCGCUAUGCCCUGGGCAGAGGAGCUCGGUGCAGAGGUGCGGUCCCUGCGGGUACCGGGGCAGAGGAGCUCGGUGUGGAGGUGCGGUCCCUGCAGGUACCGGGGCAGAGGAGCUCCGUGCGGAGGUGCGGUCCCUGCGGAGUCUCCUGCAGUCGCUGCGGCAGCUCCGGGAAGAGGAAGGGGAGCCGAGCCUGGGAGCUGAGCCGGGGGCCGGGGCUGAGGACGGCGGCUGCGAUCCGGAGCUCCCGGCUCCGGUCCCGGCCCCAGCCCUCCCCGGCCAGCCGAGGGACAGAGCCAGUGAAGGAGUGAAGGAAACGCCUGUCCUCCCUCCGACAGAGACACUUCUGCCGCUGCUUAGGGACGAGGAUGAGGAGAGCCGGAGCGCAGACGGGCUGCGAUGGGAGCGGAGCGGGGAAAGCCGGGGCUGCCGCUGGAGCUGCCGCUGUCCCCGGCUGAAAGCCUCGGAGCGGCUCCCCCCGCAGCUCUCUGAGCUCCUCUCACAGGUUUCUGGAGCAGAUGGAGGAGCUGAAGCCGGCACCGGCUGCCCAGAGGUUCCUGAGUCUCCGUUUCAGCAGCCAUAGCACCAGGCUGCCCUCGGACCCGACACGGAGCAAUAAACCUGGUGCCAAGCCUACAUCGCCUUUUUUGAGUGGGGUUUUUUUUUGGUCACGGUUUAGCAGAUGGUCAGAGGAUACAGAAACCCCCUCCAGA